AUGAGGACUCCGGCAUCUGAGAACCUGCCGGGCUGUACGUCCCGCCUGCAUGUCCUCGACUUGACGACCCCUGCAACCGACCAGUGCGGGUUACGCCCCUGCAGUCCUAUAUACAACCUGCAGCCCCGUAGCCCUUUACACUGCGGGGAGGGACCGGUUUCUAUAUCCUCUGUGAGGAUGCCGACCCCUGGGACGACACCUGCCGCAUGCACGGAAGAGCCCAACGUGGACAACGAUGCCGGAAGCCCGCCCGCGGCCAUCGGACACCGACAGCCUGAACGGAGCGAUAGCGACAUGACCGUAUUCUUCCCCCUACCUGACCACUUUUGCUGCACCGAAAUGGAGUGCUCAAGAGCCUUCAGAAGCGAAGCCUGGACCUCCCAGAGGGCUUCCCUGAAGCGACACCUGGAACAAGAACGCGGCAUACGAAUAUCAUCCUUUACAUAUGCGUGCUCAACAUGCUCGGCAUCACUUGGCAAACGACCAACGCAGCAAAUGGCGCAGCACGUGUGCUCACGUCGGCAAACAGCCAACAGCCGCAAGAGGUCCUUCGCCUUCAAGUGCAGUCGCUGUGGUGUCAGCUUCCCAUCACGAAAAGGGCGAGAUAACCACGAAAGCAUGCACCGACGACGAGAAGCACGUGAGCGUCUCACCACGGAUCGAAGACCCUCGGGCCACGCCACGUGGCCUCCCUGUGACAAUGCCGCUACCACGGAACCGUGCCGGACCCCCGGCGAUUCAAGCUGCUUGGAGCCCUUCUCCCACAGCGAACACGACAGCUUACCUCACUCGGAGUCACGUAGGCCCCGACUUCCAAAUGACGAGCCAAUUGCACGAGAUGCAGCUGCGUGUGCGUCUCAGGGCUCCUUACCCUCAACAUGCACUAUCUCCAAGGCGCCGUCCGACGAAGCAGCAAGGAACACCCCGAGUGAUGCAACGAUGCACUCCCACACGCCUAACCUGGACAACAUGUCGGAACAAUCUCCCUCAAACACUGAUCCCGAAGCUUUCCGGGAGCAUCGGUCCGAGAAUCAUCACCAUGAACUUCCCGCUGAGUGCGCCUCCGCAGAAGCAACCGAGGAGAUGCCCGUACCAGACAAUGCAGAAGAACGUCCAACUAUGGAUAAUACAUCCACAGCAAACAGCACGAUCCACAUUAACAACCAACCAGAGCUCGAGCAGGAUGCCGGGUACAGGGCUUCCCUCACGAGCACUGCAGGCGAGGAAGGCACGCAGACACAGGAGGAAAAUGUACCAAGAACAAGUGGAGUGGAGGAACCACUGAUACGCAGUAAUGACAUGUACGUGCUUGCUGAGCAUCUAAACGCCCUCCGCGGCAUCAACCAUGACCCAGUGAAUGACACGACCUGGAAGCGCUUUGAAGACAUUCUGGAGAAUACAACGAAAGCCGUAUCAGAAUUUGUCAGGCUUCCGGCUCCCAGAAGCGGCACGUACCGCCCUAUCAACGUAGGCAACCCCAAAGAUAUACAAGCCUGCUACAGACGAAACCGCCGGCAAGCGGUUCGUCUCAUCGCCAACGGCCCACCCUCACCAUGCGACGUCGGAAUGACUGAGACCACCCGACACUUUCAAACCGUGUGGGACCACCGUGAACACGACAGCCCAGGAAUAGAAAGGCCCAAGGCACCAGAAGAGGUGAACCUGAGCCCCUUUACAUCGGAGGAGGUAGAGAGCCGUCUCAAGAAAUGCGAAAAUACCGCUCCCGGGGAUGACAGGCUCACCUACAGGCACUGGCGUUCCGCUGACCCCCACUGCCGAUUCCUCGCAGCAACCUUCAACCUGUGCCUGAAGUACCGGAGAGUGCCAACCUGCUGGAAGACGUCACGGACAAUACUAAUACACAAGAAAGGGGACCGCGCAGACCUGACAAAUUGGAGGCCGAUAUCUCUUGGCAGCACCCUUGGGAAACUCUACACUGGCUGUCUCGCGUCACGGCUAAGAGCAUGGAUCCUGGAGAACGAUGUGCUCUCACAAUGCCAAAAGGGUUUCCUCCCCUACGAUGGUGUCCUGGAGCACAAUUUUAUCCUCCAGGAACGACUAGACCAGGCUCGAACAAGGAAGGAACUGUGCCUGGCCUUCUUGGAUUUUGCCAAUGUUUUCGGGUCCGUUCCCCACGGAUGCCUGAUCGACGGAACCAGCGCCGCAGGAGCCGGGAAUACGUUCUCCAAGAUAGUGAAAGACCUCUACACCAACAACGAGGCGUCAGUGAUCUGCAGCGAAGGCACAACACCGCUCAUACCCGUGAACGCUGGAAUACGACAAGGAUGCCCUCUGAGUGGCCUACUGUUCAAUCUGGUGAUUGAUCCGUUGGUGCGUCAAGUGCAAGGCCAGGGCAGCGAGCACCGCAUACUAGCAUAUGCUGACGACAUAACACCAAUGGCGGCUUCACCCGAAGAGCUUCAAGAUCACCUGGACCUUAUCAGCCGCCUAGCGUGGAAAAUUGGCCUCUCCCUCAACCCUACCAAAUGUAGAACGAUGCACCUCUCAGGAGUGCAACCAGUUGGACUGAGGCCCACACAGUUUUUCAUCGAAGGGAUGCCAGUGCAACCAAUAAGAGAAUACGAAUCUUUCAAGUAUCUCGGCAGAUCCGUCGGCUUCAACCCACUACCCGACAACAGCACCAUUGACGAUGCAGUGGAACUGGGCCGCAAGAUCUUGACCUCAGUGCUAGCGCCCUGGCAACGAAUGUAUGCUGUCAAGACGUUCCUGUUCCCUGGACUUAAUUUCGCCAUGCGCAUGGGAUCGAACUCCAAAAGCGACUGGAAGCGUCUUGACAGUGCACUCCGCCCCCUCAUCAGGUAG